GUACUGGCUUAUGAGGGAUUCAUGCCCCAUCCAAUAUGGCGGACGUGCUGACGGAUGGCUGCCCGUAAAACGACAUCUGCAGGCGUCUUUUCCCCGUCUUAACGUCUGAAUUACGUUUAUGGAGAAGCUAUAGUUUCCAGUUUAGGAAAGAACGGCAUUUAACUGUGAUGGCAAAGUGUCUACGAACGCUUAGCUAUAUAGUGUGUGUGAGAUCUCUGAAUUUAAAUUCUGGAAACUACUGGAAAGGUUCCACCCUGUGUGUGAUUAUGCAGAGGUUAGUGUGCAAGGCUGCGAGUCUUCGUAUGUGUGUCAAAUUCACCGGAUGGGCAGAAAAGAUGGCCAGACCAAGCUCAGAUUUAGCAGCAUUUCGUAAAGACUUUACUAAGGCCAAGCACAUAGCGAUAAUCACUGGAGCUGGCGUCAGUGCUGAGAGUGGAGUCCCAACCUUCAGAGGAGCUGGUGGCUACUGGAGGAAGUGGCAGGCUCAGGAUUUGGCCACCCCUGACGCAUUCUCUCGUGAUCCAUCACUUGUUUGGGAGUUUUAUCACUAUAGGCGUGAGGUUAUGCAAAGCAAGGAGCCAAAUCCAGCCCACCUGGCUAUAGCCGAGUGUGAGGCCCGCCUCAGCCAGCAGGGCCGCUCUGUAGUUGUCAUUACUCAGAAUAUUGAUGAGCUGCACCGGCGAGCAGGUUCCAAAAAUGUUCUGGAGAUCCAUGGUAGUCUGUUUAAAACUCGCUGCAUGAGCUGUGGUGAAGUCAAGGCAAACUAUAAGAGCCCUAUAUGCCCUGCUUUGGAGGGGAAAGGAGCACCUGAUCCCAAAGCCAAAGAUGCCAGAAUACCAGAAAAACAUCUGCCCAGAUGUGAGGUGCAGGGCUGUGGAGGUCUUCUGAGGCCUCACGUGGUGUGGUUUGGAGAAUCGCUGGAUCCUGAUAUUCUGGCCAGAGUGGAUCAAGAGCUGGAUAGAUGUGAUCUCUGCUUAGUGGUGGGUACCUCCUCGAUAGUUUACCCAGCAGCCAUGUUUGCUCCUCAGGUGGCAGCUAGGGGAGUGCCUGUGGCUGAAUUUAACAUGGAAUGCACACCUGCCACCAAGCGCUUUAUGUUUCAUUUUGAGGGUCCGUGUGGCAGCACACUACCUCCUGCCCUGGCACCCCAUGAGAGCGAGAGUGUCUGAGGAAUCCACCAGUCCAAAGCGCCUGGUCCAGCACUUUAUAACAAACAGCACAUUUUUAGCGUUGUGUACUUUUAUGUCCCGUCGCUGUAUUUGUUUUAUUUGACGUGAAAUCAAAAUAUAAUCUUUGACAAAAAUUAAUAAAAUUCCAUCUAUGCCUCA